AUGGCAAUUGUUCUGAGAUUUGUUGAUAUUGAUGGUGUUUUACAAGAAAGAUUCUUUGACUUGGUACAUGUGAGGAACACAAAAGCUCUAACGCUGAAAGCGGAGAUAUGCUAUGUAUUGUCUACCUAUGGUUUUGAUGUGCAGAACCUUCGAGGUCAAGGUUAUGAUGGUGCUAGUAAUAUGAGGGGGGAGUUGAAUGGACUGCAAGCACUUGUUCUUAAAGAAUGCCCUUAUGCUUAUUAUGUCCAUUGCUAUGCACAUCGUUUACAACUUGCUUUGGUUGCUGCAGCAAAGGAUGUUGUUCCUGUUACUCAGUUUUUUCAGAAGUUACUCUUUAUUGUGAAUACAGUUGACUCGUCAGCAAAGCGGCAUGAUGAGCUUCAUGAUGCCCAAGUGGUUGAACUUGCACGGUUGUUGGCUGUUGAUGAGCUUGAGACAGGUCAAGGGGCAAAUCAAAUCCGCUCACUAAAACGUCCAGGAGACACUAGGUGGGGUUCACACUUAGGUUCAAUUUCGAGCCUUAUGGACAUUUUUAAUCCAGUAAGUACAGUUUUGCAAAAUUUAGCUGCUGACUCAACAGCUAGUACAAAUCGUGCUGAUGGGGAUACUUCUUUCAACUACAUGAUAUCUUUUGAGUUUGUAUUUAUUCUAUGUCUCAUGAGAGAAAUAUUGGAGAUCACCGAACAACUUGGUCAAGCUCUCCAAAAGAAAUCACAGGACAUAGUAAAUGCUAUCCGUCUUGUGCAAACAACAAAAAUUCUUCUUGAGAAAAUGAGAUCAGAUGAUGGUUGGGAAACUUUUAUUUGCAAGGUUAUGGAGUUCUGUGUGGACCAUGAUAUUGAUAUCCCGAACAUGGAUGAAACAUACAUUUUACGUGGUGGCCGUGCUCGUCGUCAACCUAAUCAUUUUACCACAGAUCAUUUCUUUAGAGUGGAGGUAUUUCGGGCAACACUUGAUACUCAGUUGGCUGAACUAAAUCUGAAGUUUAAUGAGAAGAUCAUUAAAACAAGGCUACGCAACAGAAUGGAAGAUGACUUUCUCGCUAAUAGCAUGCUAGUGAAUAUAGAAGCUGAAAUUCUUGGGGACUACAAUUAUGAAGACAUAAUUCAUGAUUUUAUUGAUGUGAAGAAACGAAAAGUACACUUUUGAAGUUUAUGUACUGCCAACUUAAAGUAAGUUCGAUCUUUUGAACACUCUUUAUGUAUUGCUGAACAAUAGUAAGCUUAAUUAAUAUAGUGAUUGUGGUUCUUGUAGCUCUA